UUUGGAUUUCUCUUUGUGGUUAAUCCUUUGUGUUUCUGUGUGAACCUGGGCCAAUAGAGUUUGCUGGUAAAUCUGCUGAUACCAGAAUCGUACAGUGAACAGUUAUCAGAACAUGUCAGAAUGUUGCUUGGCUAUACUCUGAGCCAAGGUAAGGAGGCAAUCAGAUCUAUGUGCUUAUUAAACAGCAUCUUCCGAAGCUUGGCGUGUUUAGACAACAAAUGGGACAAUAGCUGUGUCAGAACCCACAGGCGGCGCCAGAUAGGGGCGACCUGUGUCCCCUCCAACCCUGGCUGCCAUGCACCCCAUGGCAUCUCGGCUCAGUCCGCUCAAGGGUGUGCUGGCAGAACGCAGCCACUGUUGUCUGGGACAGUUCACUUCCCAUGCAGCUAAGUGUUCCUGCACCAUGGUGGUGGCCGAGCCUGUGUGUGGGGUGGCCCUGUGGGGGUGGAGUGGUCCCAGGUAUGUGGUCCAAAGAGGGGUUUCAUUUCUGUUGAAUGUAUUUGGGGUCAUGUCAGCCACUGGGGAGCCAGGGCUUAGCUGUGGGUGACACACUGAAGCUAUUUAAAGCUCAGUUAUUACUGUUCACUCACCUGGAGACAAGGUGUCCACAUCAGUUUCUGAACCCAAUUCCGUCCCCACGAGUCUUUGACUGAGUGAUGACAACAGACAAAAGUUCCUGGUUUGGGAUGGGAAUAGUUACCAUAUGAUGUGAUUAACUUACAUAAAAACGUGUUUUGUCUGCGUACGAUCUUGGAAAAUUUUACUUAAUUUAUGGAAACUAGUUUCUUGAACUAAAUUUCCCAGUAAAAAUUAUUCAGGUAAUGCGUUUUCACACACUGUGUCUUUCCCAAAUAGUCUCCACCUCGACAGUGACAUCCAUGCCCAGCACUGAAGCAGCAGCAUCCACUCAUGGAAUCACAGCGUCAGGCGGUAAGUCUCCAGAAACUGAAACCAGGAGACCACAAUAUAAAACAAAAGGGACAACUGUAUCAUACCCCACAUAUUCAGAAGUGACUGAAACAAACUUAGAAGGAUCAAGGACAAGAGAAUCAUCACCAAAGGAAUCAAGGACAACUGACAAAAUAGUUGAUACCUCACAAACAACUGGACCAUCAGGCAAGGGGACAGAGCCAACAGGUGUAUCAUCUAAAAGCACAGGAAUUACAAAACCAUCAAAGGCUAACUCAGGAACAUCUGAAUCAGGAUGGAGUGGGGUAGCGAACACUUUGUCAUCGUCCACAAUUAAAGAAAGUAGUAGAAUUACUGGUAAAAAUACACACACAACUGUAGAAUCCGGCACGAGGACAGGGAACACGAAAACAUCCCAGGAAAAAUCAGAGACAGCAAGAACCGAUGGCUCAUCUACCAUUGCUGGGCCAUCAUCUGAAGAAAGAGGGACAACAAGACCCUCGGGUGCCAGGACGGCCACCAUGGGACCCGGAGCCGAAGGUUCUGGAACUGCUGGAUCCUCGCCCAAUGGUCCGGGAACGACUAGCUCUUCGCCGAGCGGAUCCAGGACAACAGGGCCAUCUGCGGGAGGCUCCGGCACCACGAGGUCACCGUCAAAAGGACAGGAGACCACGGGCUCACCCGCUGGGGGGUCUGGCACGACGGGCGCUUCGGGUGCAGGUGCUGGGGCCACUGGGUCGUCUCCCAAACCGCCACGGACAACUGAGUCGUCACCGAGGGAGUCGGCCACAAGCGGACAUUCCUCUCGUGAGACCGGCAAGACUACCCACAGGCAUCACGGCGCAGGUGGGACGGGAGCCACGGCUGAUAGCCGAGAGACAACUGGACAUGCGUCCCGAGAAUCGUCGACAAGUGGCCACUCCGGUGAGGGCUCUGGCACAACAGGACCAUCUGGUGUAGGGACCCGCACCACCCGGACACACGGUGGAAGUCCAGGCGCAACGGGUGCAUCUGGCGUGGAGUCCAGCAGCACCCAAGGCCACGGUGGCGCAUCGGGAGCCCCCCGGCCCUCGGGCACAGCACCUGUCGCCCAUGGGUCAUCAUCCUCCGAAGAAAGCGGGACAACAGGGUCCUUGGGUCCUGGGUCGGCCACCACUGCACCAGCUACCAUAGGUUCUGGUACUGCCGGAACCUCGGCCAAUGGUUCGGGAACGACUGGCUCUUCUCCCAGCGCAUCCAGGACGACCGGGCCAUCUGCGGGAGGCUCCGGCACCACGAGGUCACCGUCAAAAGGACCGGAGACCACGGGCUCACCCGCUGGGGGGUCUGGCACGACGGGCGCUUCGGGUGCAGGUGCUGGGGCCACUGGGUCGUCCCCCAAACCGCCACGGACAACUGAGUCGUCACCGAGGGAGUCGGCGACAAGCGGACAUUCCUCUCGUGAGACCGGCAAGACUACCCACAGGCAUCACGGCGCAGGUGGGACGGGAGCCACAGCUGAUAGCCGAGAGACAACUGGACAUUCGUCCCGAGAAUCGUCGACAAGUGGCCACUCCGGUGAGGGCUCUGGCACAACAGGACCUUCUGGUGUAGGGUCCCGCACCACCCGGACACACGGUGGAAGUCCAGGCGCAACAGGUGCAUCUGGCGUGGAGUCCGGCAACACCCAAGGCCCCGGUGGCGCAUCGGGAGCCCCCCGGCCCUCGGGCACAGCACCUGGCGCCCAUGGGUCAUCACCAUCCUCUGAAGAAAGCGGGACAACGGGGUCCUCGGGUCCUGGGUCGGCCACUACUGGAACUGGUGGCGAAGGGUCUGGAACUGCUGGAUCCUCUCCCAAUGGUCCGGGAACGACUGGCUCUUCUCCGAGCGGGUCCAGGACGACUGGGCCAUCUGCGGGAGGCUCCGGCACCACGAGGUCACCGUCAAAAGGACCGGAGACCACGGGCUCACCCGCUGGGGGGUCUGGCACGACGGGCGCUUCGGGUGCAGGUGCUGGGGCCACUGGGUCGUCCCGCAAACCGACACGGACAACUGAGUCGUCACCGAGGGAGUCGGCCACAAGCGGACAUUCCUCUCGUGAGACCGGCAAGACUACCCACAGGCAUCACGGCGCUGGUGGGACGGGAGCCACAGCUGAUAGCCGAGAGACAACUGGACAUUCGUCCCGAGAAUCGUCGACAAGUGGCCACUCCGGUGAGGGCUCUGGCACAACAGGACCAUCUGGUGUAGGGACCCGCACUACCCGGACACACGGUGGAAGUCCAGGCGCAACGGGUCCAUCUGGCGUGGAGUCCGGCAGCACCCAAAGCCCCAGUGGCACAUCGGGAGCCCCCCGGCCCUCGGGCACAGCACCUGUCGCCCAUGGGUCAUCAUCCUCCGAAGAAAGCGGGACAACAGGGUCCUUGGGUCCUGGGUCGGCCACCACUGCACCCGCUACCGUAGGUUCUGGUACUGCUGGAACCUCGGCCAAUGGUUCGGGAACGACUGGCUCUUCUCCCAGCGCAUCCAGGACGACCGGGCCAUCUGCGGGAGGCUCCGGCACCACGAGGUCACCGUCAAAAGGACCGGAGACCACGGGCUCACCCGCUGGGGGGUCUGGCACGACGGGCGCUUCGGGUGCAGGUGCUGGGGCCACUGGGUCGUCCCCCAAACCGCCACGGACAACUGAGUCGUCACCGAGGGAGUCGGCCACAAGCGGACAUUCCUCUCGUGAGACCGGCAAGACUACCCACAGGCAUCACGGCGCAGGUGGGACGGGAGCCACGGCUGAUAGCCGAGAGACAACUGGACAUUCGUCCCGAGAAUCGUCGACAAGUGGCCACUCCGGUGAGGGCUCUGGCACAACAGGACCAUCUGGUGUAGGGACCCGCACCACCCGGACACACGGUGGAAGUCCAGGCGCAACAGGUGCAUCUGGCGUGGAGUCCGGCAACACCCAAGGCCCCGGUGGCGCAUCGGGAGCCCCCCGGCCCUCGGGCACAGCACCUGGCGCCCAUGGGUCAUCACCAUCCUCUGAAGAAAGGGGGACAACGGGGUCCUCGGGUCCUGCGUCGGCCACCACUGGACCCGGUGCCGAAAGUUCUGGAACUGCUGGAUCCUCUCCCAAUGGUCCGGGAACGACUGGCUCUUCUCCGAGCGGGUCCAGGACGACUGGGCCAUCUGCGGGAGGCUCCGGCACCACGAGGUCACCGUCAAAAGGACCGGAGACCACGGGCUCACCCGCUGGGGGGUCUGGCACGACGGGCGCUUCGGGUGCAGGUGCUGGGGCCACUGGGUCGUCCCCCAAACCGCCACGGACAACUGAGUCGUCACCGAGGGAGUCGGCCACAAGCGGACAUUCCUCUCGUGAGACCGGCAAGACUACCCACAGGCAUCACGGCGCAGGUGGGACGGGAGCCACGGCUGAUAGCCGAGAGACAACUGGACAUUCGUCCCGAGAAUCGUCGACAAGUGGCCACUCCGGUGAGGGCUCUGGCACAACAGGACCAUCUGGUGUAGGGUCCCGCACCACCCGGACACACGGUGGAAGUCCAGGCGCAACGGGUCCAUCUGGCGUGGAGUCCGGCAACACCCAAGCCCCGGUGGCGCAUCGGGAGCCCCCCGGCCCUCGGGCACAGCACCUGUCGCCCAUGGGUCAUCAUCCUCCGAAGAAAGCUGGACAACAGGGUCCUUGGAUCCUGGGUCGGCCACCACUGCACCUGCUACCGUAGGUUCUGGUACUGCUGGAACCUCGGCCAAUGGUCCGGGAACGACUAGCUCUUCGCCGAGCGGAUCCAGGACGACAGGGCCAUCUGCGGGAGGCUCCGGCACCACGAGGUCACCGUCAAAAGGACAGGAGACCACGGGCUCACCCGCUGGGGGUUCUGGCACGACGGGCGCUUCGGGUGCAGGUGCUGGGGCCACUGGGUCGUCCCCCAAACCGCCACGGACAACUGAGUCGUCACCGAGGGAGUCGGCCACAAGCGGACAUUCCUCUCGUGAGACCGGCAAGACUACCCACAGGCAUCACGGCGCAGGUGGGACGGGAGCCACAGCUGAUAGCCGAGAGACAACUGGACAUUCGUCCCGAGAAUCGUCGACAAGUGGCCACUCCGGUGAGGGCUCUGGCACAACAGGACCUUCUGGUGUAGGGUCCCGCACCACCCGGACACACGGUGGAAGUCCAGGCGCAACGGGUCCAUCUGGCGUGGAGUCCGGCAGCACCCA